ACUUGUCUUAGCGUUAUCGGAGAACUUUGUUAAAUCUCCGACGUGUUUGUUAGACAUGCAUUACGCCAUUCUUACUAAAUUCCAGAGAAAUGAUAUAAUCGUAGUGCGCAUUGGUCUGACGUUGGACAAACUUCCACCAAAUCUUGGUCCCUUUACUAUCCUUGAUGCCAAAAAGCCUAGAUUUAUGAAUGACUUCAUAGAAGCCUUUCAAUCAGAUUCUCCAAGUUGGAAAGAUGUUAGUAUUCCCGAUAUGAGAAAAUCAAGGAGUAGCAUCACAUUGGCAAAAUUGAUCCCUCAACCAGGGGCAGCCAUUAUAAUCACGGAUAUACUGAAGAAUGAAAAUUACGUAACUACACUUCGUAAAUUAACAGAUUUCAUGCAGUCUGGAUCGUGGCGGGAAGUAGAUAAGUAUGAAAAACAGUUAAUGAAGCAGAAAAUGGAACCUAAAUCUGAUCUCAUCAUUGAACAAUUAGUAUAUAUCGCGAUUUGUUCAUGUUUGAGAAAUGACUUCAACAAAGCCGAUAAAUUAACAUCGAUAGCGCAGAACUGUGUGGAACGUGCAGAGAACAGAGAUUUACUGGAAGGUAGACUCAAUUAUCUGAUAGGAUACCGCCAUAUGAAAGAAAGGAACUUUGAAAAAGCGUUUUGUCAUUUUGACAAAGCAUUAACAGUGUUCAAACAGUUUGGCCCCACUUUCUGGCUUGGAACGGUCUAUAUGCACUGGACAUAUACGAGAUACAAAACUGGUGGAUACGAAGACACGGAUGCAGUUAUUGCAGAUUUAGAGAUAUCUGCGUAUAUAUUAGGUGAGCCUGGUCAUGGGCUAACAUACUACUUGAAACAAAGAGUUUUGUUUAUGAUGGUUGUCAUUUUGUUGGACUGUGACUCCUUAGAGGGGAGGGCAAGAAAUCUGAACUCUGCUGAACAGAAGAUCAUUAGAGCGCAGGGAAUUAUGAACCGAUAUUACUCUACACGUGGAGACCAUAGGUACCAAUCAAAAUAUGCUGAAUGUCAUAGUCUACUCGCAGAAGCAUGUUAUCACUACCGUCUUGGGCAAAUACAGAAGAAUCGAAUUUCCGCUAUGGGACAAGAAUACACAAUGGGAAAAGAAUAUGCUGAAAAAGGGAAGCGCAUCGCUAUCAAGUACGGAUUUCAGUCAGAACUACAUUAUAUUAAUUCCUUUUUGAUUGAUUUUGAACGCCUAUCAAAUACAAAUUCUCGAGUACCUUUUACUGGUUGCGAAAUUAUCCCGAUGACCCAAUGAAUGAUUUGACGGUGAAAAAAAAAUGAUAUAGA